AUUGAAGAUGAUACUUAAUUGCAAAAAUGCUGCGUUAAAAGCAAACGACUUUGUCGAGAAACUAGGGAAUUGAGCCAACAGGGUGGAUCUAGUAAAAACAAAGGCAGUGUUUAGUGAAACCAGCAUUUAAAAUCAAUCCAUAAAAAGCACAUUGUACUGCUGGCAGGACAACACAUCAUCUCACCUCAAUCUUGUAGAAACAAAGGCCCCUAAGUGGACCACUUUGAGAGUCAAACGUCUUCGUCUCCAUAGUCAAAUGUCCCUGUCUACCCAGUCAAAUCUCCAUGACAUUGGCCGAGGGUGGGGCAGGAGAGGGACCUCAAGAAAGGUGGAGCGCAGGAUGGUGCCAUCGGUGAACAUGGAAUCAAUGUGCUGUUAAUGGCCGCUUGUGCCGUCAGGGCAUUCCCUGUGCGCAAAUAUCCUCCUUGCAUAAGAUCCUUCUUGCAAAUUCAGAUGCCACUGUUUCCUCCCCUUCCUUCUGCACGAGGUGGACCAACAAACACACAGGACAGCAACGGAUGAGUCCGCAAUACAAGCUGUUGGUACAAUACACUGCCUUUUGUUUUGGCUAGGUGACUGCAAAUGAGUGGAGUCAUCUAAGAGGUUAUUUUUGACAAUUAUGGUCUAUCUGGAAGCCUUCCUCAGCGUUAUCUUCUUCAUCAGCGCUCUUCCUCUGGAUUAGGGACGUUAACGACAGCCUCGUUGGGGGAAACCCUUGUUUUGAGCUCUUACUAAGACCCAUGGACUAGCGGAAUGGGGCGAAUGUGUGUGGAAGGGAGGAGGAAUGAAGGGCGGCUGGGAGAAGGGAGCGGCAGAGACCUGAUGAGAGUGGGGGGGCUGGUGGUGGUGCUCUCCCUCAUAGUGUCCUCUUCAGGUGCCUCGCCUAAUUCCCCAGGCAUUAGCCUGCCACCAGUGAAUGUGUCCGUGGCAACUGGCAAACGUGCAGAGUUCAGCUGUGGCAUGGCCAAUUCCCUCAAUAAGAUGCUCAAGUUCACUAUGUAUGCUCCCAAGAAAAACCUCAGCAUCACCUGUGUUGGAGAUCAGACUGAAGCGACCGAGGUCAACUUCGACCGCUACUUUGGUGAAUGUAAGGGAGAGCCAAACAACCUGCUGGCCGUGUUGUCCAUCGUUGACGCCAAAUUAUCGGACAACGGCAUUUAUGUCAGAUGCCAGUCCCUUGAAGAAAGCUCUGCUGCAUUCUUAAACGUCGAAGAACCAUCCAACAGCUUCGGUAUCAUCAUUGGCUGCACUAUUGGAGCAUUCAUCACCACUCUACUGGUCUUUGGCGCGCUUUUCCACGUUAUUCGGGGAUCCGAGAAACUACAGCAAUGCUUCAGAGGUCCAGUUGAGGUGGAGGAGGACAUCACCAUGGCCACCGUGGAGUGAGAAAGGAGUGAGAAGUGGAGUGAAACAAAGCUUUUAUUUGCAUGCACUUAUAAGAAUGCACUGCAGAAUGAUGAGUAACUACCUUAAGUUGAAAAGUAGAAAAGCAUAGUUUAAAUCUUUGCGUAGGAUUUUAAUUGAACUAUUAACACAUGUUUGCAUAUAUGUUGACAGCCUAACACUACUUUUGCAAACUGUCAGAUAACCAACAAUAAUUUGAGAGUAUGAUAUUUAUCUCUACAUGUAUUUUAGAGUAGAAGAAUAUAUAUCUUACUUCACUACAAAUAUGAACAAACACCGUACAAAAUACUACCAGGAUACAUUCCUGUAAUAUGAGAGGAUUUUACUGUAAUUUAUUUAUAUUAUAUUUUUAUUGUACUUAGCCAAACAAAUGAAUACUUAUUGCCCAAUAAAUAUAAUUAUUUUCUCGGGUACUACAUU